AUGAUCGAAAUCUCAAGUGAAAACGAAGAGAUUUUCCAAGGAAUCAUUCAACUUCAGAAGGUUCUUACUGAUGUUUCUGUCGAUAACUAUGCAAAUGUUAAAAGACAAAUACUCCAAUCCUCAUAUUCAAAGAGAGAUGACAAAGUUCGUGUAUUAGCGAACGAAUUCAUAUCACUCUACAAGAUCAGAGAGUCUAAAAUCGAAAUCAUAUGUGAUAUGAUACAAUCUCUUUCAGGAGCUGGCUCUCAAAAGAACAAUAUGGACAAAUUCAAGCAGAUGCUAUAUGCAGAGCUCAUUGAUUUUCUCAAUGCUAAUGAUGUUGAACUGAAUUUGAUGAUGAUGCGCCAAUGUUCGCUCAAAGGAAUUUUUACAAGUAACCAGAUACUUACUACAGUCAUGAAGUUCCCACCAAGUGAAGAGGAAGUCUAUGCACGCGUAUUUCUCGCAUUUGCACCCGAAUUGGACAUCAUGGAAGGAAAAUAUUAUAAAACUCACGUCAGAAUUCUUUAUAAGCUUAAUGUCAUGAACCCAUAUAUCAGACAAUGCAUCAAUAAGUACCCAACAGAGUUACGAAGAGAUAAAUACAAAAUUUUAGGAGAAAUGUUUAAUCAUGGUUUUGAAGUCGUAAGCAAGCAAUUUACGAUCAAAACAGAUGAUGUCGAACUUCUUAAACAAUAUACUACAGUUGACGACUUCGAUGUCAACAUGACUCUUGAAAACGGAGCAUUUGAUAUUAUUACUCACAAAUUUAAGCCAGAAAAGCAAUUAACACUACUAGAAUUUGCAGCUUUAUACGGAGCAGAGAAAUGUUUCCAGUAUUUGCUUUCAAUUGGAGCUAAAAUGACAAAUAAUAUUUCAAUUUACGCAAUUAUUGGUGGCAACCUCCAAAUAAUCGCCGAAAUACAAAAGGCAGGCAUCAGUUUCGCCAAUGCUCUUGGUGCAGCCGCUCAAUAUCGUAGACAAGCACAACUUGAGUGGAUAAUCCAACAAAAUCCACCACAAGAAGAGCUCGACAAGGCUCUAAACAAGGCAGCCAAGUAUAACAGCUGUGAAUCUUUGCUAACUCUCCUCAAAGCAGGAGCAAUCCCAAGAAAUCCAACAAAAGACGGCAAAUUGGCCACAUCUUCAAUUGCGGCCAAACAAGGACACGUUGAAAUUGUUGACUUCCUCCAUAAAAUCGGCUGUGGAAACAUCAGAGAAGACGCAGUUGCAGCAUCUUUGUAUGGAAAGCUCAGUAUUAUGCAAUUGCUAUGUGCAAAGGGCUUGGAUGUCAACGAGGUUGAUAGCGAGGGUAAAACAUUGCUUCAUUACGCGGCAGAAGGUGGUUCCAAGAGAGUAUUGAAAUAUUUAAUCGAAGCAGGUCUAAAUGUAAACGAAUUGGACUACAAGAAGAGGUAUCCUUUGCAUUACGCAUGCUUACACAACCACAUUACUGUUGUAAAAGAGUUAUUAUUAAGUGGUGCAGAACCAACUGGCGCUGACAUCGAUGGAGUUGGAAUCAGUGAAAUGUCAACGAAUGAAGAUAUCAAAGCUAUCAUGAAGGUUGCAAAGAAAGCAUAA